AUGCUUUGUGUUCUUUUUCUCGCUGUGCUGGAAGCUACAUGGGUUUUGGUCUUCUAUUAUUAUAUAACGAUGGAGCCUGGAAAUUUUGACCCAAGAUACUCGGGAGAAUUGUUGAAGCAUAUGGAUAAGCAGAAUGAGGUCCUUAUGGAAACAUACAGAUCAAUGUUGCAUGAAUUGCAAAAACUUCAGGUGGAAGAAGAGAUGAUUAUGCGCAAGCUUUACGAAGUAAUGUCCGUCCACGGUCUCACUAAACAGAAUGAAGACAACUCCAACGCUUCCAAUAAUAGUGCUGGAGCUGAACAAAUCAAUAAUGAAGUCAAUACAACACAUGAGGAUCAGUAA